AUGCUCAUGCUCAAGCUCGCUUCCGCCUUUGCCCUGAUGGGUGCCACCCUGGCGCUCAACCUUGACGAUGCUGACUUGCCCCGUCCCCUGUGCCUCAGCAACAACGUCGAUAAGGGUCGUCAACGAUCUCGUGAUGCCGAUGCUGUCAUCUGCUAUCACGGCAAAUAUGACGUCGAAAACAAGAGCGGCGACACCUUCGGCAUUCUUAGCCAAACCCCAUGUGGCAACAGGGACAAAGUCAGUGUCGACUGCUUCUGGAUGAACGCGCCCGCGUUCUUUAUGGCGUACGACGAUGGCGGCUCCGACAACCUCGCCUACAGCAUCGACACCAAUAAGUGCAAGUACGACUCUUACUGGCGAACGAUCAACUGCGGCGGAAACUAG